AUGAGUCUUAUUGAAGGUGACUCCAUUUACAACUUAUUCCAAACUCAAGAUCUUGGUAUCGAUUUUGCAUCAAGUAUCGUUCCCGAUAGCCCAAAUAAAUUUAAAAAGAAUGCAAAUGUUUUUAAUAAUUUCCAACAACAACAACAACAAAUUCAACAACAAAAUAAACAAUCAAAUGGUUUAAUUUAUAAUAAUAAUAAUAAUAAUAAUAAUAAUAAUAAUAAUAAUAAUAAUAAUAGUAGUAGUAGUAAUAAUAAUAAUAAUAGUAGUAGUAGUAAUAAUAAUAAUAAUAGUAAUAAUAAUAAUCAAAAUCAUAAUAAUAACAAUAAUAAUCAAAAUCAUAAUAAUAUUCAACAUAAUAAUGCACAAUCUCAAGUUUAUAUAAAUCAUAAUUCCAAUGGUAGCCAACAAGAAGAACAACUAUUUUCGAUUUAUUUACAACCUGAAAAGGAGAACGAAUUAAAUAAUAGUUAUCAUGAUAAUGUAAAUAAUAAUAAUAAUAAUAAUAAUAAUAAUAAUAAUAAUAAUAAUAAUAUAAAUUUAAAUCAUGCUCAACAACAACAACAACAACAUCAUUUGCCACAUGGUCAACCACAUAAUAAUAAUAAUAAUAACCAAUUUUAUCAAAUUAAAAAUCCAAUGGAAGAAAUUUAUUCAUCAAAUGGUAUUGUUCCAAAUCAAGAACCAAAUAAAAAAGUUGAAUAUAUGAAUGAACCAAUUAAACAAAACCAUUAUAAUAUAGUGCCUGAAUCAAUAUUUGAUGUACCUUUUGGUGUGUCUUCACAAACAAUGUUAAAUGUUCCAUCAACUAACAAUGCAAACAACAACAACAACAACAACAACAAUAACAAUAACAAUAAUAAAAAUAUUAAUUUUAAACAACCAAUUCAACCAAAUCAAUUAAUUCCAAUUCCACCACAUAGCAAUCAAAACAAUAAUAUUUCAUUAAAUAAUAAUAAUUCAAAUUCAAAUUCAAAUCCAAAUAAUAAUAAUAAUAAUUCAAAUAAUAUUAGUACACAAAUUAAUAAUUUAAAUAAUAAUAUAAAUAAUCAAAAUAAUCAAUUAAAUGGUUCAAAUAAUGGAAAGAAAAAAGAAGAAGAUAAAUCUAUUAAAAAGAGAAAAUUUAUAAGUUCAACACCUGUAAAAGGUGAAAAUGGUGGUACAACUUUAAUUCCAACAACUGAUGGUGGCUUUAAUAUGGAUGAAGAAAGACAUCAAAAAAGACAAAGAAGAUUAGUUAAAAAUAGAGAAGCUGCUCAAUUAUUUAGACAAAGACAAAAAGCCUACAUUCAAGAUCUUGAAAAAAAGGUUUCAGAUUUAACUGGUACAAAUAGUGAAUUUAGAGCACGUGUCGAAUUAUUAAACUCUGAGAAUAAAUUAAUUCGUGAACAACUUUUAUAUCUUAGAAAUUUCGUUACCCAAGCCGUAUCCUUCUCUUUCCCUAAAGGUGGUAGUAAUGGUACAAACUCACCAUCAGGUGUUGCUGAUCAAUUUUUAAAUAGUAUAUUACCACCAGGUUUAAAUUCACCAUUACCACAAGGAAUACUUCCUGCUGGUAUGAAUUUACAAAAUCCAAUGAUUAUGAGUGCUAUUGCUGAAGCCGCUUCAAAGAAUUCUACCUUUAGACAAAAUAUUCAAGGUAAUCUAUUAGGUACUCCAAUCCCUUCUCCUCAAUCUUCUUUAACAAGUAAUUCUGGUAAUAAUAGUCCAAAUAAACCAUUAAAUAAUAAUAAUAAUAAUAACAAUAUUAACAAUAAUAAUAAUAAUAAUCCAUCUUCACCAAAUAAUAAUCUUAAUAAUAAUAAUAAUAUCUCUCCAAAUUCUUCAACAUCUCAUCAAGUUCCUUAUUUACCACAAAAUACUCCACCACAACAAUCAACUCCAAAUCAAAGAUAA